GCACCAUGCAGUAAAUACCUCUGGAGGCACUGAAGUCCACUCUACCUGCUGCUUUUCAUCUCAUUGAAGCUACCUGCUACCCACAACCCAGAGUCGCCGGUUGCCAUGGAGACGGCCACGCUGCGCGGGGACGCCGAGCUGCGCCGUCUGCCGGCGCACGUGCGCCACACGCUGGGUCAGAUGCUGGCCACCCGCGGCGCCUGGAGGACGCUGAUGGGUCGGGUGCGCCGACCGGGCACCGACACGGCACUCUUCACCGCCGAACACGUCCAGCUUGUGGAGGCCGAGAGCGCCCGCAGCGGUCGCAGCGAGACGGACCUGGUGCUGGACGAGUGGGGCACCUGGGGCAGUCGCGAGCAGCGGCCCACCGUCGACGACCUGGUGACCCUGCUGACCGAGCUCAGUCUGUACCGGGCCGCCGACUACAUCAACAUCAACGUGCUCGAUGUGGCGCCGAUGGCGCGUCCGACGCACGGUCCGGGCGCCUCUGAGCCGCUGGAUGACGCCGCCAUCCAGCGGCUGCUGGCCGACCAGCUGCGCCGUGAGCCGGUCACCGCCGAGCCGCCGGCGCCGGACCGGAGCGACCGGCCGGGCCUGGUCACCCAGCUGGAGAUGCAGCUCGAACAGGAGAGGCUGGACAGACAGCAGGAGCGGCAGCAGCAGGAGCCGGCGGCGGCGGCGGACCCGGGCCCCGAGCCGGCCGCCGACAUCAGACACUUCAGCUACUGCUACCUAGAGAAGAUUACUAACGAGUUUGACGACGGCCCGGUGUCGGCGGGCGGCUGUCGGCUGGGCGCCGGCGCCUACGGCACCGUCUACCUGGGCACGUGUGAGACGGCCGAGCGGCUGGCCGUCAAACGGCUGCUCAUGGACGCCGAGCCCGUGCGCCGACAGUUCCGCACAGAGGUCGAGGUCAUGUCGAGUUUCAGACACGCGAACCUGCUGGAGCUGCUGGGGUUCUCGUGUGACGGCGCCCACAACUGCCUAGUGUUCAGCUACAUGUCCAACGGCUCGCUGCAGGAUCGGCUGGCCUGCAAGGGUAACAGCGCGCCGUUGCCGUGGGCCCGCCGGCUAGAGGUGGCCGUGGGCACGGCACGCGGCGUGGUCCACCUUCACACCAGUCGGGAACGACCGCUCAUCCACCGAGAUAUAAAAUCGGCCAACAUCCUGCUGGAUGACGAUUUCACCGCCAAGGUGGGCGACUUUGGUCUGGCGCGCGAGGUGAACGGAGGCCGCAGCACCUCCACCCUGCUGACCAGCACCGUGCUCGGCACGUCCGCCUACAUGCCGCCAGAGGCCUUCAGGGGCGACGUCUCCGUCAAGCUGGACACCUUCAGCUUCGGCAUCGUUCUACUGGAGCUACUGACUGGACUACCGCCGUACGAUGAGACCAGGGAGGGGUUCGACCUGCUGUCGCACGUGGAGGAUCACGUGGACGAGCAGAGCCUGCACGAGACGCUGGACAGCCGGGCCGGGCCGAUCCCGCCGGGCCAGGCGGACGCCCUGUACCAGCUGGCCGUGCGCUGCACAGAGGAGAAGCGGCGCCGGCCCCUGAUGGCCGCCGUCCUCCAGCAGCUGGAGCAGAUCCAAUAACGGAACGCCGCCGCUGGUGCAGAUCCAGUAACGGAACACUGCCGCUGAAGCAGACUCGAACUCGAAGACAGAACACUGCGGCUCGAGCAAAUCCAGUGAGAAAGGCUACGGUUGAAGCAGAUCCAAAGGAAUGCUAAAAGGGAUCCAUUGACUAGAUUCAUUGAGACUCGGUAGACCCAAUGGAGGAGUGUUGCAAAUGCAAUGGCGGAAAGGCUGAAGCAUGUCUUUCAACUGUUGCUGAGCGGUAAAGGGUCCCAGGCCAAGAAGCAUUUAUAACAUUCUGAGAAGGAACAGGCAGAAAAUUACUGUGAAGCAGGAGGGAGAACGAAUGGGUUUCUGUCUUUGUCCAAUAGUGAUACACAAGCAGUCGUUUGUGUGGAUUGUGAUGUUAUAAUGUAUGUGAUUGGUUAUAGGUGAAUAAAUGAACAUCGAUAGAAAACAUACGCACAUUCAUUGCCAAUUAUUUAGGUGUACUUUAUGUCAGAGUAUAUUGUUACGUAUUUUAUGUCUAAGUAAUGCCGUUUUUGCUUCCAUGUGAUUGACCGCACUUAUCGCGAUUGCGCUAUUUUGUGCUAAGCCUGUGGACAUUAUAUUGAUUAGGGUGCUGCGGUGGGAAUGUUUGUAAAAUUGGCAACAUCGCUAACCGUUUCAAACGUUCUAUCCCUAUCUAAUUAUUUACUUGCAUAUGGAAUGAUACGAUGUAAUUGAUGAAAUAUGAGUAUCUGUUGUUACCAGUCGCAGGGAAGGGGUAGUUGUACGACGUGUUUUUGUCGUGCCUGCCACCGGGCCUAUCUGUCUGCCAUUGUGUUUCUCAAUUUCCCUAAUGCAGUCGUGUCGAUGGGAGCUGAGACUUUAGAGCUCGUCAUGAAAUGUGUUCUUCUUCAAGGGUAGGUGCGCAAGUUGCUUGAUGGUGCAUGACAUACGGAGCAAUGAUGCCGUGCAAAGUCAAUGAUGGCUUUCUGGUGAAAUUCCAGCAAUUCCUAUUAUAUAAGUGCAUAGAACAGAGAACUGAUAUAAAUAUUGUAUGUCGUUCUGGAAUAUAUUUUUGACCUCGCUGACCCCAACUGCGUUCCGGUACGCCGAUAAUACAUUAUGAAAUAGU